AUGUCUGGCUCACCAGAGGGCGUUUAUGAGCCGGGAAUCGUCGAUCCCGGUGUCCCUGUUGAGAACUCUACAAACUCAUUCUGGCUAUCAUCCCCGCACCCACUCGCCAACCAUCAAUCUCCAUGGCCGACAACUGUGGACAUUGUCAUCAUCGGCUCAGGCAUUUCCGGUACAAGCAUCGCACAAACCAUUACAUCCAAACGUCCAGAUCUCAAAGUCGCCCUCAUUGAUGCGCGGUCCCUGUGCUCCGGCGCGACAGGCCGAAAUGGCGGGCACAUCAAGACCAUGGCAUUUGCCGUCUGGGAGGACCGUAAACGGGCUUUUGGUAUUGAUGAAGCCAUCAAAAUCACCGCCUUUGAGCAUAGCCACCUUGAUGCGAUGACGGAUGCGAUCCACGAUAAUUCUCUCGACUGCAACCUUCUCCCCACUGAAGGUGUCGACGCCUACUAUGACCAGAAGACAUUCGACAAUGCUGUCGCUGCUCUCAGCGAUAUGCGAGCACACAUUCCACAUCUGGCCGACAAAUACAAGGUGCAUACGGACCACAAUACCUUGCAAAACAUUAUGAAGCUGUCUCCGCGAUGUGUGGGAGCGAUUAUUGUCCCCGCCGCUUCGGUCUGGCCAUACAAAAUGGUCACGGGCUUGCUAGGCGGCAUGAUUGAGUCUGGAAAGCUCAACGUUCAAACAAACACGAAAGUACAGAAAAUCGACGACUCUGAAGGUGAUUUUGCCCUUGUCCAUACCGACCGCGGGGAUAUCAAGGCCACACAUGUUGUGCAUGCUACCAACGGCUGGAUGGGUCACCUACUACCAGAGAUGCGGCCAUUCCUGUCACCCGUCCGUGGUAAUGUGGUGCGCUACGGAUCUGUGGGGAGCGACAACGAUAUGGAGGCCGGAACAGGAACAUCGCCAAUGGGCAUUGACAAGAGAUUCUCAUUCUGGUUGCGCUAUUCCGAGCACGACUACGACUACCUGAUCCAGCGCGCCCCAGGCGAUGUUGUGGUUGGGCGAGCCAACACAGGCCGUAAAGCAACUGGUGAUGAUAGCGAGACUGACUUGCAGCCUCAUGCGCACCUGCGUGGCUUCCCCGACGAAGCCUUUCGCUCACCCGAUCGAGGCUCGUCUGCGCACAUUACACACGCCUGGUCUGGCAUCCUAGGAUUUACCCAGGACGCCAUGCCUUUUGUAGGCCGGCUUCCUUUUCCAGGUCGGAGUCACCAGUGGGUGUGUGGUGGCUAUCAUGGAAUUGGAAUGGUCAAAGCCUUCAAGACAGGUCAGAUGGCUGCUCUGAUGAUCCUUGGGGAGAAAUUGAGUGAUGAUUACCCUAGGUCGAUGCUGAUAACAGAAGAGAGGAUCAAGGCACUGAGGAUGUCGCUCGAUGUUGGCACAGGCAGCGCGGUCAAGGCCAAGCUGUGAAGAAGCUCUCUGCCUGUUUAUACAGUGUGCCUCUCAUUCCGAUGACCAUAAUGAGAUUUCUGAAUUGGACUGCAG